AUGCAGGAUGAUAACGAAAGCAUAGAUGGAAAUAUUCUCGAAAAGCAAUAUGAGAUAAUAAAAUGUGCUAAAAAUCAUGAUUUUAUAAAAUUUCAAAUAUUAAUACAACCUUAUAUUUUAAACAAUGAUAUUGAAAUGCUUAAUGCAAUAAAUAUUAUGCACUGGGCAUGUUAUUCUGGUUUUACAGAAUUAGUACAAAAAUUAAUUGCUCUAAAUUGUGAUAUAGAAAAAGAAGAUUUGGUAAAUAGUGACACACCUAUUUAUUAUGCAAUCAAAAAUAGUAACUAUGAAAUUGUAUUGUUACUAAUCAAACAUUAUGGUAGUUCUAUACUUUUUCAUAAAAAUCGAAGGCAAAUGAGUCCAUUCCUAACAGCUAUAUCUGAAUUUAACGAAGAUAAAAUAUUAGAAGCUUUACACAUUUUAGAAUUUUUAUAUUUAAAUGGAAUCAGUUUAGAAGAACAAAAUGAAUAUGGACAAACUGCUCUAUUCUUAGGAGUAAAAAAAAAUAAUAUAAGUAUUUUACAAUGGUUAUUAAGUAAAAAUGUUAAUAUAAAUCAUGUCGAUUUUUAUGGGAAUACUAUUUUACAUAUAGCUGUUCGUUAUACUGACAUUGAUAUAUUAAGAUUACUAUGUGAUUAUGGAUGUUUAAAUCUAGUUUAUUAUUCUACUUUUGAAAAUAAUAAUACAAAUGUUUUUCAAUUAUGUAUUAACAAUAGAUAUUUUUUAGUAUAUAUAUUACUUAAAAAAUGGCUAAUACAAAAUAAAAUUUGUAAAGGAUUAAAAAUAUGUAAAACUAUUUAUGCUUUUUAUUUUUGGUUUUUUGCCUUAUUAAAUUUAUUUGUUUAUAUUAAUAUAACACAAUCAUUUUUAGAAAUAAAAAAACAUCAUAAUAAAUCAGUUAUAUGGAUAUCUUUAUGGUUAUUUCAACAACUUUUAUGGUGUAUCUUAUAUUUUAAAAAUCCAGGGUUUUAUAAAGAAAAUAAAUUUUUAACUAAUAGAAAUAAAAAUAAUUCAAAUUACAUGUAUGCUACCGAUUUUAAAAAUCAAGCAGAAUAUCAAUUAAAUAAUAUCGAAAAAGAAAUAUUUCAAAUAAAUAAAAAAUUACUACAAACAAAUAAUAUAUUAAAUCCAAUACACAAUGCAAAUCAAAAUGAAAAUGAAAUAUUAGAAUAUAAUGACAAAAUCAUAAAUUUAAAAUAUAGCAAAUUGUCUUUAUACUCUCAAGUAUCCCAAGAAAGAAUUAAUUCAUUAGAUGUUAAUUAUAGGAAUGCCAUAUUAUAUAAUCAAAACCCGAGGAAUGUGUGUGUUACAUGCAACAUCAUUAAGCCACCCAGAGUUCAUCAUUGCGCGGAUUGCUUCCAUUGCAUUGUCCAUCAAGAUCAUCACUGUGUGUGGGUAGACAAUUGUAUAGGAAUAAACAACCAACGAUCUUUUUAUAUGUUUAUACUUUCCGCCUUUAUUUUAUUACUAUUCAACUAUUAUUAUGUAUUUCUAUAUUUCAAAUUAUUCCAUAAUACCAUAAACUAUGCAUUCGCUUUAUUAGUUAUAUUAUGCAAUUUUAUUAAUAUAACUUUGUUUGCAUUUAUAACUUACUUAUUUGCACGUAACACAAAAACUAUAUUAACAAAUGUAACUUUUUAUGAACACUUCAAAAGACCUACUCACAUAACAGAUAAAUACAAUACCGAAUUAGAAUGCUGGGAAUUCCAAAAUCUAAAUUUCAAAAAAAUUAUCAAAAAUAUAUACAAUUUUUGGACAUUAAAUUAUGAUGAACCUUAUUUAAAAUAUGAUAGAAAAAUAGAAAAUGGUAUUUAUUAUGCGCUAGUUCCAGAUACCGUAUAA